AUGGUUUCAGCCUCCACGCAAAAUGAGCUACCAUUGAAUGAGAAUGACUCACAAGACAUGGUCAUUUACCAAGUCCUAAAUGAAGCCAUGGUUAUCAACCCCUCAUUCUUGCCACAAAGACACCAAAUGAACCACCAACCAAAUGGCCUCGAACCCUCUAAGAACAUUGGAAAGAAGCACUACAGAGGCGUGAGGCGGCGCCCUUGGGGCAAAUAUGCUGCUGAAAUCCGUGACUCUGCGAGACACGGUGCUCGUGUAUGGUUAGGAACAUUUAGCACAGCCGAAGAAGCUGCCUUGGCAUACGAUCGAGCAGCUUUUAGAAUGAGAGGUACUAAGGCCCUGCUUAAUUUCCCACCUGAUGUAGUGGCUGCAUCAUCUUCGCCAUCGUCUUCAAUUCAUAGAGUUAGGCCAAGUUUUAGUGUACCCUGCAGCUCAAAUAGUAAUAGCACAACUUCAGACUCAAGUGGCAGCUCUAGUUUGCUUUCAAUUGGGACACCAAGAUCAGAAUCUCAGAGCAACACAAGUAAUGUGGAGGCACAAAAUACGCAGGGUCCUAUCAUCUAG